GUCCUGUUACUGAAGUCAAAACAGAUAUCUAUGUCACCAGUUUUGGUCCUGUUUCUGAUGUAGAAAUGGAAUACACGAUGGACGUUUUCUUUCGUCAGACAUGGGUGGACAAGAGAUUAAAAUAUGAUGGUCCUAUUGAAAUUCUGAGAUUAAACAACCUGAUGGUUAACAAAGUGUGGACCCCAGAUACUUUCUUCCGGAAUGGGAAAAAAUCUGUGUCUCAUAACAUGACAGCCCCAAAUAAAUUAUUUAGAAUUAUGAGAAAUGGCACCAUUCUCUAUACAAUGAGGCUCACCAUAAGUGCUGAGUGUCCUAUGAGGCUGGUGGAUUUCCCAAUGGAUGGCCAUGCCUGCCCACUGAAAUUUGGAAGCUAUGCAUAUCCAAAGAGCGAAAUGAUCUACACCUGGACAAAAGGGCCAAAGAAUUCAGUGGAAGUCCCCGAAGAGUCUUCCAGUCUGGUUCAAUAUGAUCUGCUUGGACACACAGCAUCUACCGACACAAUUAAGUCCAUCACAGGUGAAUAUGUGGUCAUGACAGUACACUUUCAUCUCCGAAGGAAAAUGGGGUAUUUUAUGAUACAGACAUAUAUUCCGUGCAUCAUGACGGUGAUCCUCUCCCAGGUGUCGUUUUGGAUUAAUAAAGAAUCUGUUCCUGCCAGAACUGUUUUUGGAAUAACCACCGUGUUGACCAUGACGACUCUGAGCAUCAGCGCCAGGCACUCCUUGCCUAAAGUUUCCUAUGCCACCGCCAUGGAUUGGUUCAUCGCGGUGUGCUUUGCCUUUGUGUUCUCUGCACUGAUUGAAUUUGCAGCUGUCAACUAUUUCACGAACAUCCAGAUGGAAAGAGCCAAGAGGAAGGGGGUGAAAUCUGUCCCUGAAUGUUCAGCAGCACCUGUGCAGAGGGAAACUCACACAGAGGAGACCUCCACGUGUACAGACUCAAAUUCAAAUGUGAGGAAAAGAACGAACACCACGGUGCAGCCAGAUCCGGAGACUGCCAAAAGGGUUGACCCAGGAGACAGUUCAAUGCCUUCUUCCACAGUAACUCAGGGGCCUUUGGACAUCAUGCCCCGAUCGCCUUCAGCUUCAAGCCCAAACCCGUUCAGCCGAAUUAGCAUAUCAGAAACAUUGGCUUCAGCAAGAGCAACCCCUUCAGCUCCGCCAUCCACCCCAGUUUUAACGGGUUAUAUUGCCCAGCAGGGCACCACGGGAUCUCCAUCCAUCCAUCAUUUACUUGGAUCCAGACUGGAGCAGAUUCAGACUACCACAAAUGCUUUGGGAGCGCCCGCAAAGUCCCCAUGCCUCAGUUCUCCUCCUGCUCCAUCAGCCUGCAGCUCUGGCACCAGUAAGAUAGACAAAUAUGCACGCAUUUUGUUUCCUGUCACUUUUGGAGCAUUUAAUAUGGUCUACUGGGUGGUUUAUCUAUCCAAGGACACCAUGGAAAAGUCAAAAAAUCUAAUGUAG